AUGUGGCCACAAUUCUCUAUUGUUUUGAUUGCCGCGAUAAAUGGUUCUAUAGGAGCAGUUCAAGUUUCCAGGUACAGAGCAAGGAAGAUUCUAGAAAGACAGUAUGUUGUUAGGUUUCAGCGGCAUCAUAAUGGAUGUUCGAAAAAAUCUACAAUUUACGAGGAAAAUAAUGCUAAGUUCUUAGUGCAUGCUGCCUCUGGACAUCCUCUUGAAUCUGAGCCUGGAGCUUAUAAUCCUGAGAGUGCUUCAAAACCUGUCAAAAAUGCAUUAGAUGCUUUCUACAGAUUUUCAAGGCCUCAUACUGUUAUAGGCACAGUUAAGUCAAAUCAAAAAAAUAAAAAUAAAAAUGGUUCAUUCUUACUUUUUUGUCAUCAGGCUUUGAGCAUCUUAUCAGUUUCUCUGCUUGCAAUCGAGAAGCUCUCAGAUAUUUCUCCACUAUUUUUCACAGGGGUGUUGGAGGCGGUGGCUGCUGCUCUCAUGAUGAAUAUUUAUAUUGUGGGUUUGAAUCAGUUGACUGACAUCGAAAUAGACAAGGUUAACAAGCCAUAUCUUCCAUUGGCAUCGGGGGAGUAUUCGAUAAGCACUGGCAUGAUGAUCGUUACGUCUUUCUCCAUCAUGAGCUUUUGGCUUGGGUGGAUUGUUGGUUCGUGGCCAUUAUUUUGGGCUCUUUUCAUCAGUUUUGUUCUUGGAACAGCAUAUUCAAUUAAUCUGCCUCUAUUGAGAUGGAAAAGGUUUGCCUUCAUUGCAGCAAUGUGCAUCCUAGCUGUUAGGGCUGUGAUUGUUCAACUUGCCUUUUAUCUGCAUAUGCAGACCCAUGUGUAUGGAAGGCCACCUGUCUUUUCAAGGCCGCUGAUUUUUGCAACUGCAUUUAUGAGCUUCUUCUCAGUUGUUAUAGCACUGUUCAAGGAUAUACCUGAUAUUGAAGGAGAUAAGAUUUUUGGCAUCCGAUCUUUUACAGUGCGUUUGGGACAAAACCGGGUAUUUUGGACAUGUAUUUCAUUACUUGAAACUGCUUAUGCUGUUGCCAUUUUGGUUGGAGCAGCAUCUCCCUACAUUUGGAGCAAAUGUAUCACGGUUUUGGGUCAUGCCAUCCUGGCUUCAGUACUGUGGAACCGUGCCAAAUCUGUCGAUCUGAAGAGCAAAGCUUCAAUAACUUCCUGCUACAUGUUUAUUUGGAAGCUAUUUUAUGCCGAAUACUUGCUCAUACCACUUACAAAACUCGAAGAUGCCAUGAGCGCCAGUCGCAUCCCAAACCUCUCCCCUCUCCUGCAUUUCCCUCUCUCUUUCUCUUUAUCAGCUAAACUGCGGGCAUUGCCUCUGUCUGAUUCAACAAUGGAGGAGACCGACGCUUCUGCUGCAGGCGAGAAAACCAUAAGCAAGAAUGCACUGAAGAAGGAAUUAAAGAAUAAGAAGAGAGAAGAAGAGAGACGUCAAAAGGAGGAAGAGAAAGCCAGACAGGCUGCUGCCAAGGUCAACAACCAGGUUCAGAAGUCUGCAGUGGCAGCCGAUGAUGAAGAUAUGGACCCCACGCAAUACUAUGAAAAUAGGUUGAAAUAUCUCGAUGCUCAGAAGGGAGAAGGGAAAAAUAUGUACCCUCAUAAGUUUUUUGUCACCCUGUCCAUCCCUGAAUAUAUUGACAAGUAUGGAGGGUUAAGCAAUGGAGAGCAUCUUGAGGAUGUUUCCGUGUCUUUGGCUGGUCGAAUAAUGAGUAAAAGAUCUUCCUCUUCGAAGCUGUUCUUUUACGAUCUGCAUGGUCUUGGUGCUAAGGUCCAAGUGAUGGCUGAUGCAAGCAAGUCAGGCCUUGAUGAAGCGGAGUUUUCUAAGCUUCAUUCCAGUGUGAAGCGUGGCGAUAUUGUUGGUGUCACCGGAUUUCCAGGAAAAACCAAAAGAGGAGAGCUGAGCAUCUUUCCUACAUCUUUUACUGUUUUGUCUCAUUGUCUGCACAUGAUGCCAAGGCAGAAAUCUGGUCCUGCCUCAGAUGCUAGUGUGAAGAAAUCUGAGGUUUGGACCCCAGGAUCAGUCAGGAACCCUGAAGCCUAUAUUUUAAAAGAUCAGGAAACACGUUAUCGUCAACGAUAUCUGGAUCUAAUGUUGAAUUUGGAGGUUCGGCAAAUAUUCAAGACCAGAUCUAAGAUCAUUAAAUACAUAAAGAGCUUUCUUGAUGAUCUCGAUUUCUUGGAGGUUGAAACACCAAUGAUGAAUAUGAUUGCUGGUGGUGCUGCUGCGCGUCCAUUUGUAACCCAUCAUAAUGAUCUGAACAUGAAGCUGUACAUGCGCAUUGCACCUGAACUCUAUCUUAAAGAGUUAGUUGUUGGUGGACUUGACCGCGUGUAUGAAAUUGGAAAACAAUUUAGAAACGAGGGUAUUGAUUUGACACAUAAUCCCGAGUUUACAACCUGUGAGUUCUAUAUGGCUUAUGCUGACUACAAUGACUUGAUGGAACUCACUGAGAAAAUGUUGAGUGGCAUGGUUAAGGAACUUACAGGUGGCUACAAAAUUAAAUAUCACGCAAAUGGGCUUGACAAGGAACCAAUUGAGAUUGACUUUACACCCCCGUUUAGACGAAUUGAUAUGAUAGAGGAGUUGGAGAAGGUGGCCAACCUCAAUAUACCAAAGGACCUUUCCAGUGAUGAAGCUAUCAAGUAUCUUGUGGCUGCAUGUGAGAAGUUUGAGGUCAAGUGCCCCCUCCUCAAACGACAACUCCUGGUGGGACACUUUCUGGAAGAGACUUGUGUAAAUCCUGCCUUCAUCAUUAACCAUCCCGAGAUUAUGAGUCCAUUGGCAAAGUGGCAUAGAUCAAAACCAGGCUUGACCGAACGUUUCGAAUUGUUUGUCAACAAGCAUGAAGUUUGCAAUGCAUACACUGAAUUGAAUGACCCUGUGGUACAACGCCAACGAUUUGAAGCACAACUCAAGGAUCGACAAUCAGGUGAUGAUGAAGCAAUGGCUUUGGAUGAAACAUUUUGCACGGCUCUUGAAUAUGGAUUGCCUCCAACUGGUGGAUGGGGAUUGGGUAUUGAUCGGUUAGCUAUGUUGCUAACUGAUUCACAGAAUAUAAAGGAGGUACUUCUCUUCCCAGCUAUGAAGCCUCAGGAUGAGCCUCCUGCUAAAGGUAUUUGUUCUCAUCUUGAUUCCUGCAUCCUGUUGCUGCGUCAUUCAAUUCCUCUUGCCUGGCCAAACCCUCCUUCUCGCUAG